AUCCAAUCCAUUUCCUCUUCUUCAGUCCUCUGCUUGCAUUGCAGCCAACCAUGCAUUUCAACCAUGGUCCGUCUCGUCCUUCACAUGGCGGGCGAUGCGAUGCCUGCCAGUGUGCAUUUGGCCCCCUCUCCCCUCCUGUCUGUCCCCCACCAUUAUUCCCUCCCUCCCUCCCUUCAUUUUUUGUCUGUUCCAAUCUACCACCAUACUUACUGCACUGCGACCUCACCACACUGAACUCAAGUCAGUAAUACUGCCAUUGUCAAGAGGGAGCUCUAGCUUUCCUUUCCCAAAGGCAGAGGCAGCAGCGUGGCGUGCAUUCACUUCCCUCCCUGUCCAGUACUCCAGUCCAUAACACUGUUGGCUGGGUGCCUGCAUGAAUGAAUUCAGUAGGAGUAGCUCAGUAGGUCGACACACACCAGGUGUAACUUCUUGAGCUUUUCUCUUGCAACAGUACUGGAGUAGCAUAGCAAGCUGCUGCUGCUGAGUAGCUAGGGAGUAGGAGUAGAUAAUAGUAGGCGCGCGUAGGAUGGUGUGGAAGAGCUGGGGCGGCGUCGUGUUUGCGGUUGCGGCGGCGGCGGCGGCGCUCCUGUGCUCCUCCGAUGCUGCCGAUGACGUGGUCUCCGUCAGCUUCUCCAAGACCCCUCCCCGCGUCUCCAGGUCGGCGUCGGCCGUCUUCACCUUCCAGGUCCUGCACACCAAUGGAUCAGGCCCGUGCCAGGAUUGCCUCAUCACCUGCAAGGUGGACGGGGAGAGGGCGUGGGAGUGCGGAAGAAACAGCAGCAGCAGCAACGGGACAGCGGUGGUGAGGUACUCGCGGCUGAAAGACGGCAACCACACCUUGGCUGUGUGCGCGGGUGCGGGACGACCACCAACAACAACAACAACAACAACCUGCGCCACCUACGCCUGGGAUGUUGACACGGUUGCUCCGACGGCGUCCGUGAAGGCGGAGGCGGGGUUCACGAGCGGAUCCAACGUGUCGGUGCUCGUCUCCUUCUCCGAGCCCUGCCCCGGCGGAGGCGGAUUCACCUGCAACGCCACCUACUGCCAUCUGAGCGUGUACGGUCCCGGGCGCGUGGAUCCGUCGAGUCUUCAGGUCCUCCGCCCUGCCCUGCAAUACUCCGUCCACGUCACCAUCCCGCCGGAGUUGCUCUAUGGCCGCCUCAUUCUCGUCAUGGCCAAGGGCUUCUGCACCGAUGCUGCCGGCCACCACUUCAUCAGAACCGCCAACUCUACCUUCACCCUGCGCUUCGACAGACGGAGCGACUCGAUGAACAUCGGCAGCAGCAUCCCUGAGAAGCUGCUUCAGAUCGAGGGCGCCACCAGGGUGGUGGAAGCCACCAACGACGACAAGGACCUCAGGGUAUACCUCUCCUUCGCUGAACCCGUCAUGAAUUCUUCCUCCCAAAUCCUCGCCGCUCUCACCGCCACCGAUGCCAUUCUCACGCCAACCAACCGAAGCACGCUCGGGAAUCGCCGCUUUGGAUACCUCGUUAAGAGGACAUCCAACACCGCCGUUGUCACUGUUUCCUGUGACGGGAAUUCCAUAAUCAGCAGACAAGGAACUCCUGUUUCUUCUUCAGAGCCAUACACUUUUCUUUACGAUAAUCAAAGGCCUUCUGUUAAGCUGGCGACAUCCACUGUCAGAACAAGUUCACGCAACAUCCCGGUUUUGAUAAAGUUUGCAAAGCCUGUCUUCAACUUCACUUCCUCUGCGGUGCAGGUUUCCGGGGGCAAUCUCCUCAGCUUCCAUGAAGCUAGUAAGAGCAUAUACACAGCGCAGAUACAGGCGGUUGAUAAUCUGGUUUCGGUCCACGUCGCCGAGAACUCUGCUCAGGACGUUGCAGGAAAUACCAACUUACCGUCAGAUCGUCUGGAAGUGAGGCAUUAUUCUGUUCCUGCAUCAUCAUCAUCGAUCGCGAUCGUGACGACGGUAAUUUUUACAGCAACCGCAGCAUUCGCCACGCUGCUGACUGUUUCAACAUCGUCGCUACUGGCAUCAGGUGUCAUCCAGAGGCCGCCUUCUUACCUCGUAUCCGAGCCAUCACGAAAUCUCUUGAGAAUGGCGUGCCACAUUCAGGUAUUCGCGCUGUCGCGAUGGCUGUCGAUAAAUCUGCCGGUGGAGUACUACGAGCUGAGCAAGGGGCUGGAGUGGAGCAUCCCUUACAUGCGCCUCCCAUGGGAAGGCCCCUCUGCCGAUCCUUUCGUCGGCUACUCCACCAUGCCCGCCAUCGCCUACUCCGAGAUGCUCGACCGCACCGCUCUCGCCGCCGACGUCCUCCGCCGCCCUCCUGCAGCUCCAGGAGUUGCAAUGGCCAUGCCGUCGACGUCGCCAUUGGACGGCAAGCCUCUCACCGCCAUGGAGUACCGGUAUCUGUUCGAGAACCAGGACAUGAAGCCCGAGGCGCAGAUCAUCAUGAAGCUGCAGGAUCUGGACGGAUGGAAGUACUUCUUCAGGAACAUCUUCUGGCUGGCCGUCAUCGCUGCCGCCUUCCUGCUGCUGCACGCCACCCUCCUCCUCUACCUCAAGCUGCGCCACAGGCACAGCCACACACACGUCGGUGCGCUCGUGUUCCCCAGGCUGGAGCUGAUGCUCGUCAUCCUCGCCAUGCCCUGCGUGUCCCAGGCGUCGGCGGCGCUGAUCCGAGGCGGCACAACGGCGGGGCUGGCCGUCGGGAUCGUGCUGACGGGGGUGCUAACGGCGUUCCUGGUAGCGCUGCUGCUGUUCCUGUCGCUGGGCGUCACCACGGGGAGGCUGCUGCAGUACAAGGAGGUGCACCAGGAGGGGCGGGAGUACCACUGGUACCAGGAGAUUGUUCGCCGGACGCUGGGACCCGGCAAGCGUGGACAGUGGACGUGGAAGGACCCCGCCCGCACCGCCUGCCUCGUCAAGCUCGGCCCGCUCUUCGAGGACCUGCGCGGCCCGCCCAAGUACAUGCUCUCGCAGAUCGCCGGCGGCAGCGGCGGCAAGCGCGCGGCGGAGCGGAUCAUCGUGUCCGACGACGAGAACGAGGACGCCGAGGCGCCGUUCCUGCAGAAGCUGUUCGGCAUACUGCGGAUCUACUACACGUUCCUGGAGUCGGUGAAGCGGGUGGCGCUGGGGAUCGUGGCGGGCGCGCACGCGUCGUCGGACCACUCGUCGCGGGCGCACGCCGUGGUGGUGCUCGCCAUCGCCUCCUUCCAGCUCUUCUUCAUGGUGCUCAAGAAGCCCUUCAUCAAGAAGCGGGUGCAGCUGGUGGAGAUCGUGGCGGUGGCAAGCGAGGUGUUGGUGUUCGCCGCAUGCCUUCGGCUGGUGGACAGCGGGGGCAGCGCCGUGGCGGAGGGGAGCGGGGUAGGGCUGGCCAUGCUGACGGUGUUCGCGGUGGCGUUGGCGGCGCAGGUGUGCAACGAGUGGAACGCGCUGUACCGGCAGGUGCGGCUGCUGAGCUCGGACAGGAGGUCGUUCGUGGAGGGCGCGAAGGCGGCGUGGGUGGGGCUGCUGCUGCUGGUGCUGCCGUCGUCGGCGCUUGGAGAGCAGCUGGAGAAGAUGAAGAAGCAGCAGGAGCAGCCGGAGGCAGUGGCACUGGGUGGUGGUGGUGGUGGCACGGAGAGGUCGUGGCUGGGGCAGCUGAGGGAGAUGGCCAAGGCGAGCUUCAGCAAGGAGGGACAGGGAGGGGAGGCGGAGGCGUCGGGGAGCAGAGCAAAGGGUGGGAGCCGGAGCAUGUCGUCGGUGGCGUCGUCGUCGGACUCCAAGGCGAAGGGACCCGAGAACUCGCAUUCGCAGUGGAGCUCCAAGUCCAAGGGACUCUACAAGGAUCUUGAGGCCAUCUUCUCCAACAGGUAGCAGAUGGGUACGGCAGCAGCUACAAUAUAUACUAUGUUCUUCGUGUAUGUAUAUGUACUAGUAUAGCAAUCAAUCAUUCAAUGUAUGCAAGACGAUCAAUCCAGCGAUGAAGCUGGUGAUGUCCCUCUUCUUCCCUGUCCACUACAGAGCAACCAGAGUGCACAACUUCACCUUCAUCU